GCGUAUCUCACACAAACUCUUUGCCACUGUAAGCACACGCAAGGCGGCGCUGUUGAUGACAACGAUGGGCCAUCCCUUUGAUGAGCACCGGAAAAGACAGCGCACUACACGGGGGAUCUUGAAAUACGUCACAGACUUCUAUCGGCAGUUAUUAACGGAAGAAGAGGAAUCGACACCGGCGGGACAUGGCGAACGGGCUGGAGAAGGAAAUAUGGAAGCACGUCCGGAGCCAGCUGGACCUGGAAAGCACAUGCAGAAUGAAGGAGGAUAUCAGGGUAGAAGAGGUGGAGCCAGCAAUUGCAGAGCUUCCCCGAUUCAAGGCACUGGGGCUGGAUGGGUGCCGCUGGAGAUGUAUGAGCACUUCCGUAACUUCUUCGUGACCCUGUUGACAGGGGCAUGUAACGAAGCGCUCAGACAUGGCUCCUUCCCACAGGGUUUCGCGGACGCAUGCAUAGUCCUGCUCUACAAAAAGGGGGCGAAAGAGGACGUGCAAAACUGGCGACCAAUCUCCAUUCUGAAAGCGAUGUAUAAGAUUUUGGCCAAGGUGCUGGCAAAUCGGCUGAAGGAAGUGCUACCUCACAUCAUCGACUACACCCAGACAGGACUGAAGGCAGGGCAAGGGACUGAAUUGCAGUCCACUGCUUUUGCGGAUGACUCGGGAGCAGUAAUCCUCCCGACGGCCCAACAACUGGGAAUCCUUAAGGAUGUAUUUUGCAAGUAUUUGGGAGCAAGGGUCAACUUGGCCAAAUCAAAGGCCAUCCGCCUGCCGGCGGUCAAUCCACCGGAAGGGUGGGACAUCUCGACAGUGGUAGAAGUGGAAAGAAUGGCCUUUUGGGGGGCCAAUCUAACGCUGAGCUAUGGGGGGCCUGAGCAGAUGGCGAUUCGAGCUACAGCAGCGGGGGCACGACUCAAGGCAUGGAGCGCAAGAGGGAGCAUGGGAGUCUUCGAUAAGGCCUUGGUUAUCGAGAAGACGGUCCUCGCAACGUUGUGGUACACAGGCGCCGUGCAUAUGCCGGGCAAACGGACCUUCCGGUAUAUCAAGAUGACAAUUCACGCGCACUUAUGGUCUAACAACGUGGAUGCUGAAGACUCCAUUUGCAGAGUCGCUUGGAACAAGCUUAUUCAGCCACGGCGGUUUGGAGGAUUGGGCGUCUUGGACCUGCGGCUGCAGUUCAUCACCUUGCAGCUACGGCAUCCGAUUUGAAAGACACUGCUAGAUAUCGCAGAGGCAGGCAGAAAGACACCUCUAGACAUCACAGAGGCAGAUGAUGCAGCAAUUCUGUUAGGAACCUUGAUGAAGUCGACAGACCGACCGAAAAUUGAGGAGCUGAUAGCAACGAAGAUCAUAGGCGUGGCAGUACUGUGGGCCUUGUGGACCCUGCGGAAUGACCGAAGCAGGCAGGGAGCAUCCCCACCAUUGCAGGCCUAUGAGGAAAGAGUAUUGGAGAACAUCAGAGUGGCCUUCCUGGCGGACCUUCAUCGCUGUAGAUAUAGAGGGGGACAGAAGGAGGAAGGUCUCUUUGAAAGAUGGGACCCUUACCCACAUCCGGUGAUCCGGGACCCCCAGACGGGCCAGAUGGGGUUCGGGCCCAUCUUGCUGCGCCAUGCACCCCCCCCAGAAGCGGGCCCCGUGGCGAAAUGGGGACGUGCGGUUUAUGCGAACAUCCAGAAGUUCAUACAAUUUCAGCUUACAGUUAAUCUUGUUGCUUUGGCACUUAAUUUCAUCACGUCGGUGUGCACGGGAUCUGCCCCUCUUACCACUGUCCAGCUGUUGUGGGUGAACCUCAUCAUGGACACGUUAGGUGCCCUGGCCCUAGCCACGGAACCACCAACGGAUGACCUUAUGGAGAAAAAAGCUUUAGGGCGGAAGGCGCAAGUCAUCUCGGGGCCCAUGUGGACGAACAUCCUAUUACAGUGGGUCGUGCAGUUGGCCAUACUCGUCGCUUUGUUCUUCCGGGGAAAAGACGUUCUUUAUGAAAUUGCCAUUUUCCCUGUCUCGGAUGAAGAGAUGAACACCAUCAUCUUCAAUGUCUUUGUACUGUUUCAGCUCUUCAAUCUCGUGAACUCGAGAAACACGGAGAAGGUGUGGGUGCUUGGCAGGCUGUUCACGAAUUGGGUCUUCCUUGGCAUCAUGGGUUUCAUCACGUUCUUCCAGAUCGUGCUGGUGCAGUUGCUCGGUCAGUUCGCAAGCACUGUCCCUCUCUCGCCCAAAGUUUGGGGUGUCUGCAUUGCAAUCACAUUUGUGUCCGUUCCGGUUGCUGUCAUCUCAAAGCUCUGCUACCAAGUCUGGGCAUCGAACCACUCUCCGACAUCGCCGCCUUCGCCAAUGGUCAGGAGCGAAUCACACUCCAGCGCUAGCGAAUACCAGCCUCUGCUUGGGGAACCUGAUGGCUCUGCACCCAAGUCUCAGGCAUGAUGAUGAUGAUGAUGACGAUGAGAUCUGCGAAGAGAAGCCAGAUCAUCUUCAAUUCGAUUUCAAUUUUCAAAGGCUCGAAGAGCUGCGAAAAAGGUUGGUAUGAACAUCCCCUGUCAUGCUUAUCAGUUUGUGUCAUGGUAGGCUGCUUUCCGAGGGACACCUAGGGCCCAGCAGAGCAUGGGCCCAGCAGAUGCCAGGUUUCAUGGUUCCACGGUAGGCUGCUUUCCAAGGGACACUCUGCUGGGCCCGGCAGAGGCCAGGUUUUAUGACACCAUGGCGGGCCUGGCAGAGGCCAGGUUUCAUGGUUUUGGAGUUUGCACACGCUCCCGGGAGGGGAGAGGGUGGGGGGGAGGGAUGCGGGCGAGGCCACAUCAACUAAACCUCUCAGAGAGGGGGCAUGAUAAUGGUAGGCAGCUUUCCAAG